ACUACUCCCAGUGUUCCUUCUUUCAUGUAAAGUACAGUAAAGACCAACGUGUUUCCCACUCUGAAUCUGAGCUAAGGAGGGGAAAUAGACCAAAAAUUACAACGGAUCUCACCUUCAGACUCUGCAUUAGACACAUGUUUUAGCCCUCUUUCAUCUGAAGUGUUGGUCUCUCAGGAAUAACAGUAUCAGUGUGAGACCAUGUCCAUGCUCAAAAUCCUGUGCUGUGUGCUGUUAACAUGUCACCUGAGUAUGGGGAAGAAAAUCAGAGGAAACAGAGAAGGUGAGUUAAAGAUCAUUUUACAGUGAUCCCAAAAAGUGUGAAAUGUGCCGUUUGUUGCACAGGUUUUACUUUAUGUAAUCAGACACUCUCAACUCUAACAACACCUGCCACUCAGCCGUGUCAUACUGUUGGACAAUCUAUGAGAAACAAUGAAUUAUGUAAUCAAUAUGAUGCUGUUCACAUACUAAGGGCCUAACCUGUUUUUUUUCCUCCAAACACCCUAGAAUAUUUGUUUCAAUAACAUUUUAAAAUACAGAUAAAAUAUUGCAUUAGCUUUUUUGCAAGUCUGCUAAGAGGUAUAAAUGCUUGUUACAAAUAGUAACAAUAUUUGUAUUUGUAUAUUUGUUUUAAAGCAACAGAUAAGUGGACAUUAGCUGAUAUAUUUUAUCAUUUGAAAAAUAUUUUUCCUGAGAUCUUCUUUCUUGAGUGUGUUUUUUAGUUUUCUGACUUUGGUUAUGACCAUCGUGUGCAAUUUUCUGAUGUUCAUUUCAUACCAUCAGGUUUUCCAUCAUUAGUCUGAUUCAUGAAACUGACCGUAUUUUUCAACAGUUUAAAAAAGUGUAUAAAAAAUAUACAUAUACACAUGAAAUGAUCAUUAUAAUAAACAGACCAUCAAUGUUGCUAACGGUAAUUUGACUUUAAGGGAUUGCUUGAAACUAUCAACAUUCAAAUGUUUCUCAAGUAGUCCCUAACGCUCCAAUAAACUGAGUCAGACUCUUUUUUUUGUUGCUCUUCAUGUUCAUCUGAAUAAACAGUUGUAGUUAUCUAAUGACACACAGUGGGAAAUGAGGUUUACAGAGCUGAAGGCUGGAUGAUGGAUGAAUGAUAACUCUAAAAUUUUUUCAUCACAGGCUUCACAGAGACCAGAGCAGAUGGUUAGUUUAUCACAGAGAAAAAGGCGCCUGGGUUUGUGCCAUUAUUAACAUUAAAAUGUUUACAAGAUUAAUAAGAUUGACUUGGGGCGAUGACAAAUAUUAAGUAAAAGCACAGAAAGAUUUCUUUGGAGAAGGAUCCAUGCAGUUCGUGAAUGAGUCUUCUGGGCUGUGGUUUCAACAUGAGAAGGGAGAAGGAGUGGAGGAGUUUAUAUAAGGAGUUACAUGACAAGUCUGGCAGAGAUGGGCCUGUAUGAAGUUUUUUUAGUGUGCAUCUGCCAAAGAGGAUGUUAUGAUCUGGAAGCGCAGCAAAGUGUUUCAAAAUGGGGGUUUGUCGGUCUGCAGUCAAAUUGAACCCCAAGAGAAGGGUCUCAUUCCCCCCUUUUUGCUCAGUACCAAAUAAAGAUCAAACUUACAGAAAUCCUUCAUGCAUUAAUUUCUGAUGUUGACCUCAAAGUAAAUGGUCUGAUUCACACAGUAAUCAUGAAGAAUAAACAAUUAACUCCUCUGCUAUUUGAUUUCUGAUGUGCUCUGGACACAGAUCAGAGGGGAGUCCUGAGGGUGAAUGAGCUGCAUGUCAGCAGUUCAGUCUUCAGGCUGUUUUUGGAAGGUGAAGACACCUGCACAUUGGACCCUCUGCAGCUGCACACACUCACCUCCUGUGGCUUUAACAGCAGUAAUCCCCUCAUCAUCAUCACUCACGGGUGGUCGGUAAGGUCAACCUCUCUUUCACUUCACUGAGUUGAAGCACUGGAUACAAAACAUGGAACUGGGACCAAUGGGGGGACCCCUGCUGGCAGUUUUAGAUCUCAAUGUUAUAAACCGAAACCCUGAUAUACAUACAGAAGCUUUUUGGACAUGCAAGUGAUUCAUUUCAAAGUGAGCUACACAUUAAAAUGUCAGUUUAUCUGAGCAUCUUCAGAUUAUUCAUAUAAUUAAAAUGAAGCAGGAUAUCUUAACUGAAAGAUUCUAUUUGCAAAAGAAAAAAGAAGGCAACACUCACCAAAAGUAACACAUCUGAUCUCAUUUUUUCCCCAUAGUUGGACGGUAUGAUGGAGAGUUGGGUGCAUAGGUUAGCUGCUACUCUGAAGGAGGCUCUUACAGAUGUCAAUGUGGUGAUCACCGACUGGCUGACCCUGGCUCACCAGCACUACCCCACAGCUGCACAGAACACCCGCACUGUUGGGAAAGACAUCGCUCACCUGCUGCAGUCACUGCAGGUUAGAGGAAGUCUGACUAACUUUUGAAUCAUUGUAACUUUGACUCAACAAUAUGCUCUGUAAAAUGUGUAGGUUUUACAUUCACACAAGGUAUCAUACAAGUGCCAGUAUUAACUAACCUUAUUUCAAUUAUGCACUGGUCAUAAAACCCAACAGGUACACUUCCAGUUCCCACUUAAAAGAGUUCAUUUGAUUGGCUAUAGCCUUGGUGCCCACAUCUCUGGAUUUGCAGGAAGCUAUCUAGAGGGUUCCCAAAAAAUUGGACGAAUUACAGGCAAGUUUUCCACUGCACUGAUAAUUGUGCUUUUUGAAUAAAUGACAUAAUAUAGAGAAUAACAAAAAUUGGAAAGGGGAACUUAUAAGUUCUGUUACAAUCCUGGUCUUAAAUAUAUGCUGUCUCUGUGCAGGUCUGGAUCCAGCAGGGCCUCUGUUUGAAGGCAUGUCUCCCACAGACAGACUGUCUCCAGAUGAUGCCGAGUUUGUUGAUGCCAUCCACACCUUCACCCAUGAGCGAAUGGGCCUCAGUGUGGGCAUAAAGCAGGCUGUGGCACAUUUUGACUUUUACCCAAACGGAGGAAACUACCAACCUGGAUGUGACCUGCAAGACAUUUAUGAGCACAUAAGUACCUAUGGCCUUCUAGGUAAGACAAGGUCGAAACUAUGACACCAUAGAAACAAAUUUACACGGGUACCUCGAUGAGUUUGUGAUGCUCUGGGUCUAGGAGUCAUUAAGCGCCCUAUAGAGGCUGUAAAGUUUGUUACAUUUGUACAGUGUUUAUAUUGUUUACUUGCUGCCUGAUGUCCCUCCAACUGCCCACUGGGGACAAAUAAAGUUUUUUGAACUGAAUUACUUUUAGCAGUAACAAACAUCAAUAUUUUUUCUGCCAGUUUUGGGGUGCAAAAUUAGGAAGGUCUUUGAAUAUGUAAAUCAGGAUUUACCCUCAGGGGGAUAAAUAUGAAAUUUCAUGAAGUGUCAUACUGUGUUAUUUUUUAUAAGUCCCUCUAUGCUAACAGAAGAGUUGCACUUGAGAUGGGGCUAUAGAAUGGCCCAAUAUCUCAGAGAAGACUUUUUGGAAUUACACAACAUUUGAGUAAUGCAACUUUAGCAAAACAACAAAAUCAAAACUGUUAAGACACUAAACCCUUUACCCCAAUAAUAUCAAAAACAUCUAACAUCUCAGAAAGACCUAAUUCAUUUAUUUUUUUUCAAGACUUGUGAAAUCUUUGUGAGAGUUAUUAAUCUCGUCCCUGCAUGAUCAGUUUUUUUUUCCACCCAGCUCUCUGGUAUCCUUGUUUAUCAUUAAAAACCCUCAUGAGAAAAUACACACUCUACUUACAGCUGUGUGUUCUGCUGCUUUGCUGUUAACUGGCUUGCCUCUUCCUCUGCGGCAUUAGUUAGAUUUGCCUCCUCAAAACACCAGUUCAGAAGUUAAACCUCAAGCACUGGUUCAUCUUUUGCUUGUUGACAACUUCUCGCUCUGUGUUGGGGCAGAUGCAUUUGAUUUCCUCCAGUUUAACACAAGAGGCUCACAAGUGGGAUUAAUGGUAUUUCUCAAUCCAAACACAUCCGCGUAAUAUGACAGUGAAUGCCACAUUAAAGCAUCUGUCAUCCUCAGGAGCUAAUUAGCAACAUAUGCCUUCCCCUUGCUCCAUCCCUUACACUGAGCUGAGCUGCCUUCAGGCUACAACAGUCUGCUCAAAGACAAAGCCCUUCAGGGUCGACUGAUAUUUGACAUAAUGAGAUGUUUAAAGAAGAUGUGACAGAUAAUGAAAUCAAUCCACAAAUAAUGGUCUGACUCUCUGAUUAAGACACUGAACAGACUCUUGAUCCACAAGAGGAUACGUGACGUGUGAAAAAUCAGUCCAAAAAAAAUCAAUGCCUGACCCUACUUUUAUUUUCUUCCCAAGGUUUUCAACAGACGGUGAAAUGCUCUCAUGAGCGCUCUGUUCAUCUCUUCAUUGACUCCCUGCUGAAUAAAGACAAACAAAGUAUGGCCUACAGAUGCAAUGACCAAAGUGCUUUCAACAAAGGUAUCUGUUUGGACUGCCGAAAGAACCGCUGCAACACGCUGGGCUACAACAUCAGGAAGAUCCGCAGUGGUACCAGCAAAAGGCUCUACCUAAAAACAGGACAACGGAUGCCUUACAAACGUAUGAAGAAAUAUUUUUUACACUGGCUAGCUUUACCUCACAUACAAAUCAGGCAAAGCACUGUAGGUCUACGAUUUGUCUCUGUAGAAUCAUAUGGAAUUAGAAAUUAAUCAUUCUACAGUAAAAUCCUGUGAUUUUUGAGAUAUUAUUUAACAUAAAAACUAGUCGCUUCAAAAGACCCAUACCUAGCAAUAUUUUUUCAAAAUUGUUUGUGAAGGCAACACCUGACAUUCAUAUGAGAGCCCAUUUGUUAUCCAGUAUCACAACAGUAAGCCACAUUAUUUCACAUUAUUGCAGACCUCACAUAAGCGGUCCUGCUGCUACAAACUCAAGGGGAGGAAAUAUGUAUUUAUCCACAGUUUGGUAGCCCCCCACAAAUGCACAUCUGUGCAGCUUCAAGAAAAUCACUGAUUAAACAAAAACAUACCAGUAAAAUAUGUGUAUAUUUGUCAUAAGAUUUAAAUCUUGGGUUGAAGGUAGCAGCUUUUGAGUGACAGACAAAAAACUGAAUGAAAGAAAGUACCAAAAAAAAAACACAUAAUUUUUUAAGCUCCUGUCACACGUUUGAAAAGAACAAAGAAAGAGUAAGACAGCCUUAUUGUUUCAGCAACUGUUAAGGAACAUAAUAAACCACCAAAAAGUAAUACUCAUUCACUGUAAGAUAAGUUCAGAAGGAAAUACCGAUUGAUAAUGGUGCUAAGAAAUGUUUUCAUGUCUUAUCUCUUCUUCUGUUUCUUAUCCCCUCUUUUCAGUCUUCCAUUAUCAGUUCAGGAUCCACUUUGUUAACCAGAUGGUGGGGAUCGAGCCCUAUCUGACAGUCUCCCUCUCUGGAACAAAGGAGGACAGUGGAGACUUCAACAUUGACAUGUGAGUACUGCACCAUUACAUCACACCCAUCCUCAGUGUACUCACUUCCAUAAAUGCAAUAUGCAGCUGGGUUCCCCACUCUUUGGAGACAGAAGGCAAGAGCAGCUGACACACAUGGAAACAACUCAACUGCAGCAUGAAAGAGAAUGGGGUUGAUGGAGUAAAUAAUUUACGCGAGGCACAGUUCGCAGGCAAAUGUGUUAUCUUUCAUUAUCCGAGUAUCAAAGAGCUACACACUCAAAGGAAGUCUCAUGUGUUCCCUUGCUUUAAUUUUUUAUCAUAGCCCUCCCUUUUUGUUAAUAACAGAUUUUGUGUUGAUCUUAUCCAUGUUUUUCAGUGCUGAAACUAUUUUAGGUAAUGAAACCUACACCUUCCUCAUCACCCUGGACAAAGACUUGGGUGAUCUGAUGAUGCUUAAGUUGCGCUGGGAGGGAUCAGCUCUGUGGAAGAAGAUGUGGGGCCGGGUGCAGAACUUCAUACCCUGGGGCAGAGGGCAGAAAACACCAGUGCUUUCAGUGGGCCAUAUCAGGGUCAAAGCAGGAGAGACGCAAGAGAGGUACAGCCCUAUGUUUCAGGCCUGUCAAAAUGUUCUUAAAUAGUAGUUUAUAAGCACACUUCAUUAACAUUAAUAACUUGUUCCUCAUCUAAAAGUUAAAGCACCUGUACCAGAUUUCCACAACUCACUAAUACAUGUUUUACAUUUGCUGUUUCAUGCAAUAAUCAUUUCAUCACCAUAUCAAGUAGCAAUGCUGUGCAGUUGUGAUUACUCAACUGUGGAAGUGGAGGUGGAGCUCUGUGGAGAGGUUUACUUGUUCAUGGUUGAGCUCUGAUAUACUCUGCACAGAAUAAAUCUGAUAAAAACCGAACAUCCUUACACCUUAUCCAGUCAAGAAAUAAUGCUGAGCUGUGGAAGUAGAGGUGUUUGUUUGUUAUUUAGAGGAAGGACAUCAUUAUAUACAUUAACUGAUAGGAUAUUAAUUACCACUUUGGGUUUGUCAUUUAUUCUGGAAAAUCAAAGUAUCUAUAAUAUAGAAAUUGUAAGUUAGAUAUAACAUACCAUAUUAAAUGUAUAACCCCUAUUGUAAACCUACUGAUAGAUAUAUUGAUACACACACACACACACACACACACACUAUAAAGUAUAAAUACAUUCAAUAUGCAAUUCAUGUACAGGUAUAAUAACAUCUUAAAUUGUCCCUCAGUGUGGGCUUUUAUUGCCAUCUUGUGGACUGUUGUGCACUUACAGAAUCUGAAACAUACUGCACUGACUGCUUGCUCUCUGGUACAGUUCUCUUUUUCAUGGCAACUAUAUUGUUUCUGUUUUUCAGGACAACUUUUUGUGCUAUGACAAAUGAUGGACAAGAAGUUGAGGUUUCACAAGAGAAAACAUUUGUGCGCUGUAAAGAAGACACAUCAAAAAAACACCGUAGAAGGAUUCACAACUAAUGAACUCAUUUGAUCCCAUGUUUGUUAAACGGAGCAAGGAUCUCUGGGAAAACUGGAAGAUUUUCUGUGAACCUCUUAACAUCACUGACUGUCUGACUGUUAGGUUGUAGCACUUGAUAAACUGUAUUAUAGUUUGAAGAAGGAGUCCAUUCAGAGGAAGCUGAGGCCGGUUAAGCUAGCAACUAAUAAGUGUAGUGUUAACACUUGAAAGGAAAAUGUCUUAAUUUGGUUAUGUGAUUUAUUCACUGUUAAAAAUAGAUAUUGCAUAUGAUUUUUGCACCCUACCAAACCAAAGUUUGAACAUCAAGCACAGAUUAACAUUUCUGUCUAUGUUGAAAGUGUAUAAAUAGCAGCUUUUGCCAAGUCAAACAUUAACCAGACAGGGAACAAAAAGUCAAUGACCUCUUGGUGACGUUUACCACACAGUAUGUACAUUUCUUUUUUUUUCUGUAAAUGUCCUUUGUAAUAUUGUUGAAAUUGUAAUUUAUAUGAACUCACAUUACUAUUGUCAAUAGCAUUAUAAGAAUACAUGUUAAUCAAACUUCAACCAGAGCAAUAAAUAAACUCUGUUUUUUUCUA